UUCCUUCUCUCCUAGGGGCUACACAAUGGCAGUCUUCUCUCAGUGAGAUGAAUCCUGCUUUGCCUUCUGCAGACCCACCCAUCCUCAUAGCGAUCAAGUAAAAGGCUAUGGUUUUCUCUUUGGGGAUCUUUUGUGCAUUACUGUUCUCUCUGAUUAGUUCUGGUCUCUGUUGGGAUUUCUUUGCUUUUUUGUUUGGCUUCAUGCUGAAAAAGGAUUUUUUUUCCAACCCUUCGGUAAUAAUCCAGUGGUGAUCGAGGGGGAUAAAUCAUUCACCCUGGCCGAAAAAAAACAAUCACUGAGAAGUCUCAAAGAAAUAUACCACGUGAGGGGAAAAAACUGGGAGAAGAUCCGGAAUAUUAUCGUUUUUCCUAUGGUAAAACCGGUGCCCCUCUUCAGGAGAACUGAUUUCAAAUUAUUAUUAUGCAACCACAAGGAUCUCUUCUUUCUCAGGGUGUCUAAGCUGCUGGAUUGCUUUUCGCCCAAAUCAAUGUGGUUUCUUUGGAACAUUUUCAGCAAAGGAACGCAUAUGCUGCAGUGUCUUUGUGGCAAGAGUCUUAAGAAAAACAAGAACCCAACUGAUCCCCAGCUCAAGGGUAUAGUGACCAGGUUAUAUUGCAGGCAAGGCUACUACUUGCAAAUGCAUCCCGAUGGAGCUCUCGAUGGAACCAAGGAUGACAGCACUAAUUCUACACUGUUCAACCUCAUACCAGUGGGACUGCGCGUUGUUGCCAUCCAGGGAGUGAAGACAGGAUUGUAUAUAGCCAUGAAUGGAGAAGGUUACCUCUAUCCAUCAGAACUGUUUACCCCUGAAUGCAAGUUUAAAGAAUCUGUUUUUGAAAACUACUAUGUCAUCUACUCAUCUAUGCUGUAUAGACAACAGGAAUCUGGUAGAGCCUGGUUUUUGGGAUUGAAUAAGGAAGGGCAAGUCAUGAAAGGAAACAGAGUAAAGAAAACCAAACCAGCAGCUCAUUUUCUACCCAAGCCAUUGGAAGUUGCCAUGUACCGAGAACCAUCUUUGCACGACGUGGGAGAAACGGUCCCGAAGGCCGGGGUGACGCCAAGUAAAAGCACAAGUGCGUCGGCAAUAAUGAAUGGAGGCAAACCAGUCAACAAAAGUAAGACAACAUAGCCAGAUCCUCACAGGUGUUGUGACUUAUUCGUCCUGAGCACAGUUGAGUGAUUUAUCCUUGCCAGACAUUCCUGCUCCCGCGGCUGAGGAGCGGCCGGAAGUAAGCCAAUGCUUGCUCUUUGCUGUCUCGAACUUCUUGAUUGCAAGUGGAUAAAUCUUCAACCUGUUGCAUCCCCAGAACAAGAAGACACCUGGACAACCAGCUCAACUCAGACCAUGGAAUGCCCUACCAGAUAUGGAAUGCCUUUUUAAUAUCUUUUCUGUGACUGUGACACUUCAUGUGAAUGACAUACUUCACAAGUACACUCGAUACCUUGCCUGCUGACAGCUACCCAUAAUCCUUUUUGAGUCCUGUUUCAGCGAAAUCCAUGUGUUUAAGUUCAAUUUUGUAGCACACAAAUACUAUUGAGUAAUUUCUAGUUAGACGCUGUAAACCUGUGCUAUUAUGGAUUUCUCUUCCCCCCGUUUUUACAGGGCUGCCCGCUCCACUGUCUGUGACCUUUUGCGGGGAUUGUAUUCCUCUAAAUCUUAAAUGUUGCAGUUGGCUUAGUUCGGAGAGCGAUCAGGGAAUCAGGAAGCCUUCUCAACCUAUUAGUACAAAUUGCAUCUAUAAAGAUUAAGAGUGUUGUCUCCGGCUCCCACUCUCAAUUAAACACACAUAUAUGCUCUGUCCAGUAGCAGAUACUGUGCUCCUCUGGUCGGUGUGGCCAGGGUGAGAAAUGGGUCAAACACAGUCCAGGGGAAGCUCUCUAAAGAUAUGUGUUUGACACCCCCCUAUAGUUCCUUUGUGUGUGUGUGUGUUUUAUACAUAUCACAAGCUUACUGGUUAAUGGUAACAUUUGCCUUGCCCAGCGAGCAAGACCCACUGGUUUUUGAGAAAGUGGGUCCAAAGAACUCUGUAGGCCUUGUAGGCCUGAUUAAGGUUCAUUUUUUCAUCUACUAAUCCUCAUUAUUUGGGAAAAAAAAAAGAAAAAAAAUAAAAUUCAAUAAUUACAACCUACAAGAAUUGCGCUACCUAAAUCCAUUUCAGAUAUAAUCCUACCUGUUUUUAAUGAACCGAACUGAAUGCCAUCCCCAGUUUUGGCUGCGUUCCACUCAUACUCAGCAGAGCAUGGGCAAGGCGGCUGUUGUGUUCUUUUUCUGCAGCAGCAAUGCAAACGUUAGUUAUAAAUUAGACUUUAAUAUUUUUGGUGUUUAAUGACAAGUUUUUAAAACUGGACAUAUUAUUAGGAAAAAAUAUUUUUUUUAGCUCAGCAUGCUGAGUCAGGUACUGUGUAUUUCGCCACUCCAAACCUGUAACUCAGCUUCUUGGGGCCCCAGUUGCCCAGUGGCUGGGGUAGAGGUGCCUUGCCAUGAUCUCAGAAUGCAGUCUGUUGAACUAUUCUGGAUAAAAUUCAAGGCAAACCAACACGUUCACACAUCAGGUUUUCGGUCCAUUCAGUUGAUUUGCAUUUGUUUUAUCUUGCUUUCUUAAUUUCCUUUUGCAUAAUUCUGAGCUUAGGGAAGACAACUGCUAAGAAAGGCCAUGAAUAUAGUUGACGGCACAAGGAAGAAACCAAGCAAAACGUUCGGUAUUGAAUAAAAAGAGUUUCAAAAUGUCUGAUACGAAACUGUUUGGAAAUAUAUUUGUUAGCUCUGUGUAUACUUAAUAAAAUUCAAUGUUUUCUCCUCCGAAGAGUUAACUGAGACCAAACUGAACCUCAUUUAUAGAAAACUCUAUGUGGGAUUAUGUACUGGCCUCUUGUUAUUAUUUCCACGUGGAAGGCUGACCCAGUCGCCAUUUCCCCCCAUCUGCACUGUAUUUUCUUGGAAAUUAUUUUGUCACUGCUUUCCUAAGUCUCCAUGACAGCCCUUGCCCGGCAUUUAAAAAUUUUGGCCUGCUUAGCUGAUUAAAGAUUUAGUAUAAAUUUAACUGUUUAUGCUUACUUCAUUUUCAUAUUGGAUUUCAUUUUAAUAAAUAAAAAGUUAGCAUAACGUUUGGGUAGAUUUAUUGUCAAUAAUGCUAAAGUACGAACAUAACAAAAUCAUUCCUUUGACCAUUCUUGAUUUCCUGUUACACCAUCUUAAGGCCUAUCGUUUUCAACAGGAUGAGUUAAAAUAUGUUAGAUGAGUUUCAUGAACCAACUAUUUAGGGAAGACAUAUAUUCUAUAAUAUGUUGCAAACUAUGAAUUAUUUAACUUGACAUUCCAAUUAGAUGGGCUUAUACACACUGCUCGCCCCAACUCACACACACACACACACACACACACACACACACACCAAACAACCCCACCUAUUUGUUUUUGGUAAUCAGCCCUACUUGCUGGUUUUUUCCCACUGCAAGCCUGUUAAUUGGUUAAAAUUAAGACAAGAUUUAUUUUUGUAAAUGACUGAGACUUAUGUAAAUGUGCAUCUCUGUUUUGUUUUUUAUAUGAGUUGUCUCUAAGGGCAUUUAUCCCUAUGAAUGGAUGUCAAAUACUUUCUUCUAAUAUAUGUUUAGACAUAUUGCAGACGGGUCCUUGUUAUUUGUAAAUUAGACCGUUUCCUCUGUGUCUGGUCUCACCUGUUGCAUGGGACAAGGACAGCACUGGUGAACUGCAUGUAGUAGGACCUACGUAUCAAGAACUGUGGUAUGUAUUAUUCAAUUUACAUACAAAGAGUUUGUCUGCAUUGUACAGUUUCUGUGUUUAAUACCAUUUGUUGUAUUCACACAUACAACAUACUGAAUAAAAUAUUGAUAUGAAGGCAUAUUACAAAACAUCAAACAACUUUAUGUAACAAAAUGGCAUCGCUUCACCCACAAAUAUAGAGAAAUAUCAUGUAAAUAAGUUGGUACACUCAAUUUCCCCCUUUACCAUGCCAAAGAAAAUUUUAGCUCUUUGAUGAUACCUCUCUUGCUAUUUUUCUGGGAUAAGACUUCACCAGUUUUCCCCUCAAAAAUUAAGUUUGCUGUUAUUAAGUAAGUGCAGUCUGUCAUUAUCAAUGUUCUGUAUAGUAAAUCCGAUGGAAUUCA